AUGGUGAUCAGAGGUAAAGACAUCACGAGACUGCGGACCACGACCAGCAAAAUAGGUCUACCCGAACCAGCGGACACAAAAUUCAACCCGCGGCAACACUUCAAAAGUAGCCCAAUUCCGUGGGAAAACCGCGGACCUGGCAACACUGCAGCUCUCAGGAGCGCCUCCCCACCAGUGAAGCUGUAUCAGCACCGGGUCGACGGGUCGGAGGGCGGCGGCCCGGCGUACGGCGAGCCGCCCGCUGACAUCGGCGUGAGCUACAAACCCAUCGCGCCGGCGCCGUCCAGCUCCAACCACACGCCUCCAGGCUCCUCGGUGCCCUCCCCCUCCCCCUCUCUGCCCUCGUCAUCCACCUUCCGGCCGUCGUUCAGUGACUUCGGCCCCCCCUCCAUGGGCUUCGCUCAGCCCGUCAAAGUGUCUCAGGGCUCCACCUACAGCGAGCUGCUGUCCGUCAUCGAGGAGAUGAGCCGCGAGAUCCGGCCGACGUACGCCGGCAGCAAGAGCGCCAUGGAGAGGCUAAAGAGAGGUAUCAUCCACGCUCGUGCACUGGUCAGGGAGUGUCUCGCAGAGACGGAGAGAAGCGCCCGUACAUAACCGUCUCAUCGGCUCCUCCUCUUCCUCCUCCUCCUCUUCCUCCUCGCCGUCUGUCCUCUGCCAUCUUUUCCCUUUUUGCACUUUCUGUUCCAGCUUUUCAAACGGUGCCCGUUGUCUCCAUCGUUCCGGCGCGACACCAAACCGUUGUGUUCAAGUGCUCUGUGAACCGUGGGGUGUUUUCAAAAUGCAGUUUUGUAUCCAUUUUUUAAUUCGCCAGGUGGAUUUCUACAUUUUAAAGUCGAGCUGCGGGUAAAAAAAACAAUGAAAUGAACGUUCUCGUUUUUUUCUGGUCGUUCUUUUGUUAAUAUGGACAUUUUGAAUAUACCCCAUUUCUACCAACCCAUGAUUUUUCAUAUUUUGUAAUGUAAACACACAUUACCUGUUUCUCAAUCCCCAAAAUACUGUACAUCAAGGCAAUUUGUUAGGAUGGAAAUUUUGUAAACCGGAUUUUUGCAGUUAUCUAUAUAUCUUAAUUAAAUAACAGGAAAAAACA